GCUGUGUUGUAUGUAUCAGGCGAACAGACGACCUGCUGGGUAAACAAGAGUGGAUGCAUCGAAAGGCAGGAAUGGCAACUUCGUCGAGGGCUUAUAGUGCGACAUUUCUACUCAGUCAAAUAGAAACACAAUAGACAGGAUAUCACCUCUCAUGUUACAAAAAGGACGGUGACAUAUUUUGAGAAAAGGACUUAGACCCAGGUUUUGUGAGAUGCAGCGGAUAGGUGCCUAAGAGCUGAUGCGAGAGCCCUUUCUGUUUACCCUUUGAGGACGCACCUGCCACCAUGAAGAGUGAGGUGCCAACUGAGGCCCCCAGCAGACAGGAGCAUCUGAAGGAGCCGCUGGUGAACCCAGAGCCCAUGGAGGCAGCCAAGAGCUUCCCUGACAACAUGGAGGUGAUCGGAAAGGCAGGCAGUGAAUUUGAAACCCUGUGUGAGUCCAGGCAUCGGCCCCUGAGGGACACAGGCACACACAGAGACUCAGAACGGACCCUACCUGGGCGCAGAAAAAGAAAAGGCCAACAGGCAGGGCCCUCAGACUGCUCGCUGAAGGAGGGCCACAUCAGUGAGAGUUCACUGGCCCCGCAGCGUCCCAGGGUAGAACUUUUACAGCACCCCAGUGAGGACGAACAUAAUCACGAUUCCUCCUUUAGUGACUGUGCUUCUUCCCCUUCCUCGAGCCUGCGAUUCGGGGACUCAGACACUCUUAGCUCAGAGGAGGAGGGGGGGGAAGCUGGAGCAACAGGGGGCCAACACAAGGCUCCUGCUCUGACGACAGGCGGAGCCGCUGGAGUUGGCCUGCGCCCUGUUCUGGGUCGAACUCGGGGGAAUCGCUCUCAUAAGUGGGUGCGGUCUGAAGCUGAGCCAGUGCUGCUGAAGCGGCCGUGUCUGAGCAGCCGGCGGCCUCUUCAUAGGAAGCGCUUUUUGAAAACACCUCCUGGAGGGGGUCAGCGGACUCAGAAGCAAAAGGAAAGACUACUACUGCAGAAAAAGAAACGCGAAGUGAUUGCACGAAGGAAGUAUGCUCUACUCCACAGCACCAGUAGUUCCAGCGAGGAGCUGAGUAGUAACUCUUCCUCCCCCUCGUCUACGGAAGCAGAAGAUGAGCUGUAUGUAGAUGUCAGCAGCACCAGCAGCCAGCCCAACAGUGCUACUGUAGCCACAGGUGCCCUGGAUGAGGAUGUGGUUGUGAUCGAGGCAACUCCUGCUCCAACUCCUGCUGUCCCUGCAAGCGAGGAGAUCAACGUCACCUCAACAGACAGUGAAGUGGAAAUUGUCACAGUCGGAGAUGGUUUCAGGUCUCGCUCAGUGGGGGGUCUUAGCAGGAUUUGGUCUAGCAGUUGCUCCCAGAAUCGUCUCCAGGAGCCACGCGGACGUCACCGACUCUCCACUGUCAUCCAACCACUGCGUCAGAAUGCUGGGGAGGUGGUGGACCUCACUGUGGAUGAAGAUGAUCUCACAGUUGUGCCAACAACCUCUGGCAGCAUUCACCCUCAAACCGUCAGGUCGUCCUCUUCAUCAUCUUCUCAUCAUGCCUCUACCUCAGAGCUCAAUGAUGCACCGGGCCCUUCCACUAGCUGCUCGGGCUCAAUACCUGAAAGUAUGCACACCCAGAGGCUGAGUGGCUCCAGCCGCACAGCCACAGAGGAUGACAGCAGAACAGGUUUGUCUGGUACAGCAGGAGAGAACGCUGGCGCAGCCAUGCCUCGGCUCCCGUCCUGCUGUCAGCAGCACUCCCCGUGUGGAGGCCCCUCCACCGGUCACCUGUCCCUGAGCCACUCCCACUCAAGCUGCCUGCAGGCGGCGUCCUCUCAGCAGACCGGGGGCCACGUUCACAACCACAGCAACGCUCACCACUUCAUCCACCAUGUCCACCACCCCGCUCCACAGCCCCCCGGGACCCUGCCCUUUCAGGAGCCCAGCUGCCCCGUGGAGCGGCCCAGUGCUCUGCCCGCGUCCUGUGCUGGAGUUGGCGGCACCGGCAACCCGGCCCACUACCACGACCAGCAAAAUCUGCCGGUGGACCUGAGCAACAGCAGUGUUCGGACCGGUGGGAACAACGGCGCUAGUUUCCAUGGCAGCACCUCGGCCUUUGACCCGUGCUGCCCGGGCUCCACCUCACGGCCUCCUGCUUUCGUUUCCCAGGCUGCACCUGGGUCCAGCCAGCCCGCUGCGGUGGACUCGUUCGGCCCCCCCAUGGUGGCGCAGCCCCAGCCUCCGACACAGCCCCAGCCCUGCAGACAUUACAUGCACCCCUAUGGCUCUCUAGCACGCUCGCUGCAUCAUCAGCCCCCCUCCGCCUGCCCUCAUUCCCAUGGGAACCCCCAACUCACACCGCAGGCCCCUACACAAGGGGAUUAUGUCAUUCCCCACACUGUCACCUUUCAUCCGCCACUGCCAUCCCACCCUUCAGGCCACGCUGUGCCCCCUGCCCCUCCCCCUCCUCUGUCCACCCACCACCUCUCUAGUUCCAGUGCCCCCCUGGCCCAGCACCUGCCUGCGGACCACCAGGCCCUGCCGCACCACAUGCCGGCGCUGGGGGCCUCGGUGCAGCGGCUCCAUCAGCACGAGAUGCUGCAGAGGAUGGAGGUCCAGAGGCGCAGGAUGAUGCAGCACCCUACACGAGCACACGAGCGCCCGCCCCCCCACCCUCACAGGAUGCACCCCAACUACGGCCAUGGACACCACAUCCAUGUUCCUCAAACUAUGUCUUCCCACCCCCGCCAGCCGGAGCAGAGAACAGCAUGGGAGCUUGGCAUCGAGGCUGGAGUGACUGUGGCCCCUUACCCUUCAGGGCACCUGCACUCCCACCUGCCCCACUACCACCCUCCCCCCAGACUGCACCACUUCCCCAUCCCCUUCAUGCACACUGGCAUAUCUGAAGUGACCUACCCGCACAUUCGGUACAUCUCAUCUAGAAUGACUGGCUUUGGAAGAACCUAUGAGGACCUGCUGCAUUUAGAGGAAAGAUUGGGGACUGUGAACCGAGGAGCAUCUCAGGGAACCAUAGAGAGGUGCACUUACCCACACAAGUACAAGAAGAAGGUGUUGGAGAGAGACAUUGACCCAGAGUUAACCCCUGAAGCCUGGGCAUCUAUUGGGAAAAAUAUGCUCGCAACCCCAGAAUCGAGAAAGCUGCUUAUUAAGCAAGACGAAGAAGAAGGGGCAGAUGAAGAAGACACAGAAGAAAAAUGCACCAUCUGUUUGUCAAUACUGGAGGAGGGGGAGGACGUCAGACGCCUACCAUGUAUGCACCUCUUCCACCAGCUGUGUGUGGAUCAGUGGCUCCUCACCAAUAAGAAGUGCCCCAUCUGCAGAGUGGACAUUGAGGCGCAGCUGUCUGCUGAGAGUUGAUGCUGUUUUUCUAACAAACCCUUUUGUUGAAAAUUUAUUUUGAGAUCAUAUUAAUUUUUCUCUUCAGUACUGCAGUCAACCAAAGAUGGCAUGAAUUACCUGCGCAGCUCUUCUACGAGAAAAUAAAAAAACACCUGACGAAAAAGCAUUGAGCCUAGAGUGCCAGCUACCACAUAUUACUACAACAGCUAGACUUCUCCAUUAAGGGUUUAAGAUUUUAUUGUAUUUAUAAAGCUUUUAUGUAGCUUUUGAUUGUUUCCUCAAGUGUCAUUCUUUGUUUUGUUUCUCUGCAUGUUUCCUUGCAAUGCAUUUCUUUGCACAUAUAACGUGGGCUUAACACGGCCUAACAACUCGCAGGUGAGGAUAGCUGCUCUAGUAAAGAUGCAUUUCUGUAAACCUAAUGCCUUGCUUUACUAGAAUACAAUGUCACCAUCCAGUUUUAAAAAAACAAACAUUGCAGGAUUCAUUUUACCAAUCAUUGUAUUGAUUAGUUUAUGUUUAGAAGAUGUGGAUUGUUAGUGAAAGAUGUUUUUUAAGUAAAUCAAGACAUUCCUAACUAGGGAAAUAUGUUAACAGAUCAGCUGCUGUAUUAGUGCACACCCAGUAUUUCUAGAGUGGAAAUAAACUUCAAUGUUCACCUCACCUCCCAGAAUAUGCACAUGCUUUGCUACGAUCACACCUCCCUCCAGCACUUCAUUUGACUAAAGACACCGUUAUCACCGCCUGACGUAUUUUAGAGGAAAAGGAAAAUGUCACCUGCCUCUCUCGACUGUUCUUCAUAAACUGAGCGAGUGUUGGGUCCUGCUCUGAGUUUUUUCUUCAUAUUUCGGGGGUUGCGCCCCGCAGACAGGCCUGUGAUGGUUAGUAAGGUUUCUGUAAGAUGAUCUCAGGUCUAAAUGUGUGCAAGACAUUUCACAUGAGCCUGCAACCUGGGAUCAUUUUGUCAAUUUCAUACUGGCAGUGGCAUUGAGUUCCUGUGUGUGUGUGUGUGCGUGUGUGUGUGUGUGUGUGUGUGUGUGUGUGUGUGUGUGUGUGUGAAAUACACAGCUCAAUUCGGGAUAAAUAUUUACUGUUUGUUCUCACACUUCAAAACCGUUUUAUCCACCCUCCCUUUUGUCUCUCUGUAGUUGAGCAGCGGUGCCCAUUUUGGCUGCUGCUGAAAGAAAAACACACUAAUACUGUUGACUAACUCACUCGCAUAGACUUGCACAAGAGAGAAAAAGGUAGGAGAGUAGUUGUGAAUAUGACGUGCGCUGAGGCCAUGUAUUUCCACUCUGAUGAAUAUUAAAAAAGGUAAAAAACGAUAUUUUGAAUGGAGUGUUGAAAUGCAGUAAAGCAGGUAUCCAUGCAUUCGUUGACUUAAAGGCACCAGGAUCAUAUUCUGUGGGAUUUAUAUUAGUUUUAAAAGAUAAUAUUAAUAAACUUGGAUAACUCUUAA